GUUUCUUCACGUAAUUCGACGGUGCUAGAACUAUUCUUUCUAUGCAAUCGUUUACAUCAAAAUUUCCCAACAAAUAUUUGAUUCAUCGGAUCCAUAAAGCAUACCUUCAAUGGCGUCUUCUUCAACUUCAUCCGUUCACAAGAGCUUUAAGUAUGAAGUGUUUUUGAGUUUCAGAGGAGAAGACACCCGCAAGAACUUCGUUGAUCAUCUCUAUGAUGCUCUUCAGCGAAAGAGCAUUCUUACUUACAAGGAUGACCUAGAAAUCAAGAAAGGGGAAAGGAUCAGUGAUGAGCUACUUGGAUCCAUUGAAAACUCAAAAUUCUACAUCAUUGUUUUCUCCAAGGAUUAUGCAUCUUCCUCUUGGUGCUUGGAUGAGCUUGUAAAGAUAAUGGAGUGUAGCAAGAUGACAGAGCAUACAGCUUACCCAAUCUUCUAUGACGUGGAACCCACCGAAAUCCGCAAGCAAAUCGGGGUAGUUGGAAAAGCCUUUGCCAAACAUGUGAAGGAAGAGGCUGCCGGAAAAUGGAGAAAUGCACUGAAAGAAGCAGCGGAUCUGGCUGGUUGGGAGUUGAAGAAAACUGCAGAUGGGCAUGAAUCCAAGUUUAUCCAAAAAGUCGUUGAAGAGAUUUCAUUAGAGUUUCGUUCCAUAAAUUUCAGCAUUGAUGAAAAGUUAGUAGGCAUAGAGACUCGGGUAAACGAUGUUAUAUCAUUUUUGGAAACUGGUAUUGAUGAUGUUCGCAUGAUCGGGAUCAAGGGGAUGGGUGGUGGAGGGAAGACAACUUUGGCCAGAGCUGUUUUUGACCAAAUAUCCUUUCAAUUUGAAGGUAAAAGCUUCGUUGAGAAUGUUAGGGAAGUUUCAAACGAUUCUUUGUCCGGUUUGAAGUCUUUGCAAAAUCAACUUCUUUCAGAUGUUUUAAAUGAUAAAGGUAUAAGUGUAAGUAGUGUUUAUGAUGGAAAAAACAUGUUGAAGAGGAGGAUGUCUGGUAGAAAGGUUCUUCUUGUUCUAGAUGAUGUGGAUCAUACAGACCAACUUGAGGCGUUAGCUGGUGAGCCUAAUUGGUUUAAGUCGGGAAGUAGAAUUAUCAUUACAACAAGAUAUGAGCAAGUGUUGGUAGCACACAAAGUGAAAUUGAUUCAUGAUGUUAAUUUGUUAUCGGGUAAAGAAGCAAUGUGCCUCUUCAGUAGGUAUGCAUUUGGUAGAGAGAUUCCAAUUCAAGGGUAUGAAAAGCUAUCAGGAGAAGUUGUACGCUAUGCUUCUGGUCUUCCUUUAACAAUCAAAGUUUUGGGUUCAUUUCUUUGUGGUAAAGAUGAGAGUGAAUGGAUAGAUGCCUUAGAAAGACUAAAAACAAUUCCAUUGCAUGAAACUCUGAAAAGAUUGGAAUUAAGCUAUAUUAGUCUAGAGGAGGAUUAUAAGGAAAUAUUCCUAAAUGUUGCAUGCUUACUGAAAGGUUGGGCGAAAGCCGAUGCAAUUGAAGCACUUGAAAGCUGUGGAUUGCAUGCUAGAAAUGGUCUAAGAGUUCUUGAGCAAAAAUCUCUCAUAACUAUUAAUGGUUAUGAGCGUGUGGACAUGCAUGACCAUAUUGAAGAAAUGGGUAGAGAUAUUGUUCGUCGUUCGCUACCUGCUAACAAACAUAGCAGAUUGUGGAAGGAAGAUGAAAUUGAAGAUAUACUAAUUAAUGAUUUGGGUACCGAAGCAACAAUAUGUAUGAAAAUCUGCAAGUCAAAACUCAAUCCAGAAAUUGUUAUGAAAGGUCUUAGAAAGAUGAAGGAUCUUACAUUUCUUGAGGUGUCUCUGGAAGAUUUUAACUCAAAUCAGGAAACUAAUAAACUCAUCCCAAACCUUGUAAAUGCUUUAGGAUUUCUGUGUUGCAUUUGGAAAUUUAAUAAAGUCAACCUGUUCUUUCCAGAUACUUUACGAUAUCUCCAUUGGGACCAUUAUCCUUUUAGGACUUUACCCCAAACAUUUCAAGCAAAUAAUGUUGUUGCACUUAAGAUAGCUGGCAGUGAAAUCUUGCAACUUUGGGAAUGGGGAGAAAGAAAGGUUUGUAACAAGCUCAGGUUCCUUGACCUCAGUAAUUCACAGUUGAAGACCCUUGACCUUGGGUUAACACCAAAUCUCGAGACGUUGACUCUUGAAAGAUGUUGUGCUUUGAUAGAACUUCCAGAUAGCAUUUGUAUGUUGAAACAUCUGAAACAUCUCAAACUUGAUGGUUGUUCGUUGCUUGAGAAGUUACCUGAGGAUCUUGGCCUGUUAGAAAGCUUAGUGAAGCUAAGUUUGUCAUAUACAGAGAUUAAACAUCUUCCAGAUAGCAUUUGUAUGUUGAAACAUCUGAAAUUUCUCAAACUUGAUAGAUGUUUGUUGCUUAAGAAGUUACCUGAGCAUCUUGGUCAAUUAGAAAGUCUAGAGAAGCUAAAUUUGUCAUAUACAGAGACUACACAUCUUCCAGAUAGUAUUUGUAAGUUAAAAAAUCUGAAAUAUCUUGAUCUUAAUGAAUGUUUGCUGCUUGAGAAGUUACCUGAGGAUCUUGGCCUGUUAGAAAGUUUACAGUAUCUAGAAUUGUCGGGUACAAUGAUUAAACAUCUUCCAUGUAGCAUUUGUACAUUGAAACAUCUAAAAUAUAUUGGGCUUCAUAGAUGUUCAUUGUUUGAGAAGUUACCAGAGGAUCUUGGCGGACUAGAAUGUUUAGAGAGGAUUAUUUUGAGAUCUACAAAGAUUAAACAUCUUCCAGAUAGCAUUUGCAUGUUGAAACAUCUGGAACUUCUCCCACUUAAUGAUUGUUUGUUGCUUGAAAAGUUACCAGAGGAUCUUGGCAGAUUAGAAUGUUUAGAGAUGUUAAAUUUAUCAUCUACAAAGAUUAAGCAUCUUCCGGAUAGCAUUUGUAUGUUGAAACAUCUGAAACAUCUUGUUCUUUAUCCUUGUCUGUUGCUUGAGAAGUUACCUGAGGAUCUUGGCCGGUUAGGAUGUUUAGAAUAUCUAAAUUUGUCAUCUACAAAGAUCAAACAUCUUCCAGGUAGCAUUUGCAUGUUGAAAGGUCUGAAAUAUCUCAAACUUGAUAAAUGUUCGUUGUUUGAGAAGUUACCUGAGGAUCUUGGCAGGUUGGAAUGUAUACAGAAUCUAGAUUUGUCAAAUACAAUGCUUAAACAUCUUCCUGAUAGCAUUUGUACGUUGAAACAUCUGGAAUGUCUCAAACUUGUUGAUUGUUCGUUGGUUAAGAAGUUACCCGAGGAUCUUGGACUUUUAGAAUGUCUAGAAGAGUUACAUGUAGAAGUCGUUUGGUUUUACAUCCGAGAUAAAAAUGUUAGGAGACGGAACCUUGUCCUAUGUAAAGGUGUGAAUAACGCAGGCACCCACAAAAGCCAGUUCACAAAGAUCUACUGUAGCAGGAAAAACACUAUGGAGAUCAACAGAGUUUUCCUUAUUCAAAUCAACGAACUUGUUGGCCAUUUUAGCAUCAUAUAG